AUGACCGAGUACUUUGCUAGACUGCAUCGACAAGGACUACCGAUUGACUGCGGCGCAAAUCCACGCGACACGGCAUGCACAGACGGAUCACGACAAGCUGCUUGGCUCUCAAGUAUUUUCGCCUCCAUGGGAUCAAUUUGCAAUUUCAUUCUUGCACCUGUGCUUGGCCAAGCAUCGGAUAUUUAUGGACGCAAGCCAUUUUUAGUCCUCAGCCAGUUGGUCAGGGUAGCAACACCAUUCUCCAUCAUGUACUUUAUGCAACCACACGGCUCCAUGACGCCAUAUCUUAUUUUGAGGCUGAUCGAUUAUGGCUUUGGGACAGCUGGUGUCUUGAGUGCAGCAGUCGCAGAUAUUGUAGCUCCCGAGAAUCGUGCAGCAGCUUUCGGGAUUUUAUUUGCUAGUCAAUCCUUCGGUUAUUACGUUUCAGCCUUCGUCGCCCCGUUUUUUACUCGAGAAUACAUCUUGCGAAUUGCUGCCGGUCUCUUUACGUCUCGAGUACUUUGGGCUCAAGUGAUCCUACAGGAAACCUUGCCGGCACGAACACAACGUAUCAAAACACAGUGUGUUAUGAAAAACCCUAUCAUCACAUUAUCAAUCCUUUUUCGAAAUAAUCUGUUUCUCCAACUCACGUGCUUGAUUGCGCUUACGAGUUUCGUUACGAGUGGAAUUUUUCAGAUUCAGUCUUUUUAUUUAAACACUAUUGUUGGCUUUCAGGCUAGAGAUUUUGGGACUUUAAUGCUGAUCAACGGUGCCUUUUCAUUGUUGGUGCAAAGCUUAUUGCUUAAGCCUUUGGUGAGCUGCUUCAAGGAAAAAGGAGUUGUAAUCAUCGCACUGACCGCCAGCCUUUUCAAGACUAUUGCCUUUGUUGAAACGGCAUUUCAUCCUCACAAGUGGAUUGUAUAUGCAUCAAGUAUGCCUGGAAGUCUGAGUGAUCUGUCGUUUCCUGCAAUCUCAGCUCACAAGUCUAUAAAUGCAUCGGAAGAGGAGCAGGGACGUCUACAAGGUUCAAUCUACGGCGCACGGUCGGUAUUCGACGCCCUUGGCCCCAUCAUCUUUUCGUCUCUGUAUGCUACGAUGACUCGACAAGCUCGUUGGACUCAAGCGCUUCCAUUCGCAGUAGCUGCUUGCAUCUACUUGAUCGGAAUCGGUGUUGCUCUAUCUCUUCCUGUUGGCAAGCCCUUCGCACCAACUAAGAUUACUGAACCGAUAGUUCCACAUUCCUGUUGUGAGGCAUCUUCCAAGUCUGCCAUUCAUUUUGAAACGGAUGUUGACGUCAACAAAAGUCACGACAUUAUUUACUAUGAGACUCUUAAUGAUGAUCGAUUACUGAUGGAACCGCUGUUGUAA